AUGGCGAGUCCAGUCUCCCCUCCGACCCUCGGAUUCGUCCAACAGUCAUCAACAUCCAUAGACGAAAAGGAGGACAAGAGAUCUGGUCAGAAUGAAGAACGCCCUCUUCACUCGAGCAAAGCCAGAUUUUGGGUCAAUGUUAUUAUCAUCUCCGCCUAUACCGUUGCCGUGAUACUCGCCAUUGUCCAUCAUGUAUUCCUAGCAAACCUCCACCAACGGGAUGCCGCUCAUUAUUCAACGGAUACACGAGCAUGGUUCGGCCGUGCGAGCAACUUUUUGAGUAAAAUCAUUGCUACAUGUCUCGGUGCGGUAGCGGCCACAGCGCUCAUUCAAGGAAUAUGGAAUGUCAUCACAUCCGAUUACACUCCUGUUGCCGUCGUCGAUGACCUGUUUUCUCUCCCUUCACCCGUCGCCCUCGUCUCGCUACUAUACAAAUAUCCCAAGCUCAGGCUAUUCCCAUUAAUUGGAAUCACGAUACUCAUCCAAGCACUAGUGCUUGUGAGCGUAUUAGCACCAGGCGCAUUGUUAACCGAUGCGAGCCGAGUCGACCGCAACAUCACGAUCCCAAAACUGGACCUUACCUCUCUGCCAAUGUAUGAUGAUGUCAUGUGGUGGCAAGAGACAGUACGGUACUAUAUGAUGAAUGAUCCAGUUGCCCGUUGGGACGUCCCCGCAGACUGUGGUGCCAGUUGCAGAUUCCAAAUAACGUAUUCGGCCCCCGGCAUAUCUUGUCGCAAAAUGUCUGGGGAGGAGACAGGUCUGAAUCCAUUCGAUCAGCAGUUGUUCGAAGAGGGUGUACCUUGGUGUGCAUACUUCUCGGCUACAGACCAAGAAUUGAUUUGGGGUACCAACACUAUGCCCCUCAACAUCAGCUACGUCCCUAUGGUCGCUCAACUUUCCAAUAAACAACUCGUCUACGUGAACCAGACGAGCUCUAGUCAAGGCCAGCUAUGUCAAUGGCAGGACAAGACGUUCCGAGCAGACUUUACCUUCAAGAACAACCGAAAAACAGUGGACGUGAAGACCAUCUCUAACACCAACGACGUAGCUCAGCGCUGCCCCUGGACAAGUGGAGGUAGCCUGUCCCGCGAAUGUAGCCAGUACAUGGGUGCGGCCCUGGACCUUGGUUAUGCAUAUACCAUGGGAUUUUCUGGCGCAUUGGGCUGGACCAAAAAUGAAACACUAGACUAUUGGGAACAGGCUAUAGUUUCACAGUUUGUCGACUACAAAUACGAUACCGAGGCUCAGACCAUUUCUUUAACUCCUUUCUCGAACGCAAGUCAGGGAGUAGAGCACAAUUUUGCCAAGGCCGUGCUUGGGACUCUGCUUUGGUUCAACCAAACAAACUCGGCAGUCAUAGCAGUCGAAGUGGGAAGCGCUUGGAUAUACAAACCGCUGAUGCUAUGGGCUAUCUAUGGCUCGGCAUUACUCCUUUCCCUUAUCGCCGGGCUUUACGGGUUGCACCUGGCACGUCUUGGUGAAAUUGUGCGGGAGAAGAAAUUCUCUAGUUUCCUCAUCGCAACCCGAACAAGAGACUUAGAUGCCGUGUGCGCACAGCAUUCUGAUGUGGUCAUGUCUACAAAGCUUCGCCACGAUGCGUCGACGGGCCACUUUCACGUCCUGAAUGAGGAACAGGAUGAAAAAACAGAAGCUAAUCCAGUUGCACUCGACGAAGCCACGACACACACCUGGACGCGCUCUAUCAUCAUCGUCUCUUUUCUUCUUGCAAUUAUAUUUGCAUUGGUUCACCACUUCUUCCUGCAUGCCAUGCGCAACCACAAUGCGGACGCGUAUCCUCAAUAUUGGAUCAAGGGUGCAAGCAAUGCGUUCUCUCAGGCUGUAUCGAUUUGUCUGGGAACAGCUGCUGCCUAUUCCUUGACUCAGGCGAGUUGGCGUGCCCUCAAGCUACAUGGCGGAUCUGUAGAAACGAUCGACAACUUUUUCGGUCUCCCAUCACCACUAUCUGUCGCCUCUCUUUUCAAAAAUGUCCGUAAAAUACAAAUCACAUAUUUGAUCAUGAUCGCUGUAGUGAUUCAAGCGCUCGGUCUCGUCACGACAUUUGCUCCCAGUGCAUUGACAGUUGGAUCUUUUCCACCGAGGUCGGCCCAACUCUCGGCCCCCGCCUUGGACCUGUCUACGGAAUACUAUGCUGCAUCUCAACGUUACCUUGGUAUAUGGAAUAAUCUGAUCGCGCGACUCGAGGAAAACCCUCCAGAAGCCUACUGGUCGGUUCCUUCGGGCCGUAUGGUACCAACUCCUCUGAUGGAUUCUGGAGAUUUUAUGAUUUCAAUAUUACGAAGCUAUUUCAAGAAACGAAGUGGACCAAAAACAACCCUACAUUCGGAUGGAACAUACGAGGCAGACUUCAAAUACGCCAACAAUACUGUCACUUUGAAUACAAACCUCCUUUCGUACAGCAACUCAUUUACGAGCAAUUGUACGGAAGCCGAUUCUGGGGUGGCAUCAGACCGUUGCCAGACCUACAAAGACAAUGCCUUCGCGAUCUGUCAAAAUUUUACGAUACCGCUUCAAGGUUUCAAAGAAAUCCACUUGGAGACAGGUGCCCCACCUGGUAAUCUCUACAAUUCGGUCGUCUACCAGAGGCUGUUCAACGUCAGCUUUAAUUUUUCCGGAGAUGGGAGUGUAUACUUUCAGCCAAAGUUUACCAAUCUGAGCGAGACGCUACCUGCGCUGUUCUCCAAUGUUACGACCAGUCUCAUACCAGAGUUGGGUGGGACGACCUCGCUAUCUGUAGAGGUGGAGGACAAUACGCGAAUAUGGGAAUACGAUCCAAAAGCACUCUUUGCAGCGUAUGCACCAGCACUCGCAGCGGUGCUCCUUGUUGGAGCGUAUGGGUUGUAUUGCAUUCAUGCGAACGGAAGAGCGAUGGAUAGCAAAUUUUCGACAUUGCUGCUCACAACACGAAGUGGGGCACUGGAUGGUGUUUAUGACACGGCUGACAAUUUUGACGCGCUCCUGGAGAAGAAGCUUGUGUACGCAAAGCGAGGAUGCUUUGUGCCAGAAAAUCGAGAGCCAUCCCAAGAUCUGGGCAAGGAACCGUGA